AUGAACGCCGUGCUGUGUCAGGUCAUUGCAUUAAUUCCAGUCAUGUAUGCAGGAAAAGUCACUUCUUGGCAUCGUUUUGACAGACAGGUUACGCUGCACAGACUAAAGGCAAGAGAGCACCCCUUCAGCACGCAGCCGUCUCUUAAUCCAGAGACAUGUGCAAGUCUCUGUGCCCAGGACAGACUGUGUGCUGCAGUCACCUUCCUGGAGGGUUCGUGCAGCAUGUACAGAUCUUCUCUGACAUCCUCUGGGAAAUCUGUCCUUGGAGCCAAGCACUUCAUCAAGGCAGGCGCUCUUCCUGAUCCAGACCCAUGCCCUGCAUCUAUUGGUUACACAUCUGUAUUGUCUCCACGGUUGUGCUACAAGUAUAUUCCAAUAUCCAACACUUGGACUUAUCAAACUGCACAGUGUCAAGCUGAAGGUGGCCGCCUGAUGGUCCUCAACAGUCAGGAGAAACAGGAGUACAUUGCCUCAUUCCAGAGUCAAGCUGAUGUGUCAAACAGUUUCUUCAUUGGAAUGCAGAAAGUCAACAACGUGUUUACCUGGCAGGAAGGUUCCACUUUUGCCUGGAAAUGGUACCCAGGCGAACCGAGCAACUAUGGCAACUGCGUACAGUUGCUAAGAGGUGAAUUGUCGGACUUAUCUUGCAACUAUAAUCUUCGUAGAGCUGUCUGUGAGAUACCUCUGUGAAAUCGGAGACUAGUAAGGAGUGAGAAGUCAGCUUUAGACUUUCAGAAUCUAAUAUGAUAAUGUGAACUACAACUGUGAUGUUGCGAGAUACAGUGAUGUCUCUGUUUGCUUGCUUGCAGUUUGCCUAUGGUGAAUUGUCGGACAUAUGCACUACAAUAGAAAUCUAAAGCUGCCAGUGAGAUGUUUCUGUAAAAUCUGAGAUACUAGUAAUGAUCAGUGAGAAAUCAUUGUUAGAUUUAGAUAAGUGAAUAAUGUCACAAGACUUAAAGAAACGCUGAUAAUGAAUACAGACUCUUGCAUUAUUCAUAUGUGCUAUAAAAUGGAUUACCAAAUAGCAUGUACUCGUAAAUACUCUUUUGUACCGUAAUCCAAAAAUAACAUCUAUUCAAAGACAGAAAA